AUGGAGACCCUGCUCAGCAGCCUCCUGGCAUUUGGCAUGGCAUUUGCUGUCGUUGAUGCCUGCCCCAAGUACUGCGUCUGCCAGAAUCUUUCUGAGUCCCUAGGGACACUGUGUCCCUCCAAGGGGCUUCUUUUUGUGCCACCAGACAUCGACCGCCGGACGGUGGAGUUGCGCCUAGGUGGCAACUUCAUUAUCCACAUAAGCCGCCAGGACUUUGCCAACAUGACAGGGCUGGUGGACCUGACACUGUCCAGGAACACCAUCAGCUACAUCCAGCCCUUCUCCUUCUUGGACCUGGAGAGCCUCCGGUCACUGCACUUGGAUAGUAACCGUUUGCCAAGCAUCGGUGAGGAUACCCUCCGUGGCCUGGUCAACCUUCAGCACCUCAUUGUCAACAAUAACCAGCUGGAUAACAUUGCCGAUGACGCCUUUGAGGACUUCCUGCUGACCCUAGAGGAUCUGGAUCUCUCCUACAACAAUCUCCGUGGGCUGCCCUGGGACUCAGUGCGACGCAUGGUCAACCUUCAUCAGCUCAGUCUGGACCAUAACCUCCUAGACCACAUUGCUGAGGGCACCUUUGCUGACCUCCAAAAGCUAGCCCGCCUGGACCUCACCUCCAACCGACUGCAGAAGCUGCCUCCAGACCCCAUCUUUGCCCGCUCCCAGUCAUCCAGUCUGACUGCCACACCCUUCACCCCACCCUUGUCUCUCAGUUUUGGGGGGAACCCACUGCAUUGCAACUGUGAGCUGUUAUGGCUGAGACGUCUAGAUAGGGACGAUGACCUGGAGACAUGUGGCUCUCCAGCCAGCCUGAAGGGCCGAUACUUCUGGCAUGUGCGUGAAGAGGAGUUUAUGUGUGAACCCCCUCUCAUCACCCAGCAUACCCACAAACUGCUGGUGCUAGAAGGCCAAGCUGCCACACUCAAGUGCAAGGCCAUUGGAGACCCCAGUCCUCUAAUCCACUGGGUGGCCCCAGAUGACCGCCUCAUUGGGAACACAUCCCGAACUGCUGCCUAUGACAAUGGCACCCUGGACAUCCUCAUUACCACCUCACAAGAUUAUGGUGCCUUCACCUGCAUCGCUGCCAAUGCAGCCGGUGAAGCUACAGCCACUGUGGACGUAUCUAUUGUCCAGUUGCCUCACCUAAGCAAUGGCACCAGCCGUACCACAUCCCCCAAAUCUCGCCUCUCUGACAUCACCGGUUCCAGCAAGGCUGGCCGAGGGGGAGGAACUGGAGGUGGUGGUGGAGGAGCAGGGGGUGGGGAGGCCUCCAAGGGGCCCCCGGAGAGAGCUGUGCUUGUGUCCGAUGUGACCACUACUUCAGCUCUGGUCAAGUGGUCAGUGAGCAAAUCGGCUCCCCGGGUGAAGAUGUAUCAGCUACAGUACAAUUGCUCAGAUGAUGAGGUAUUAAUCUACAGGAUGAUCCCAGCUUCCAACAAGGCCUUCGUGGUGAACAAUCUGGUGUCGGGGACCGGCUAUGACCUGUGCGUGUUGGCGAUGUGGGAUGACACAGCCACCACACUCACAGCCACCAACAUCGUGGGCUGCGCCCAGUUCUCCACCAAGGCUGACUAUCCGCAGUGCCAGUCCAUGCACAGUCAGAUACUGGGAGGCACAAUGAUCCUGGUCAUCGGGGGCAUCAUCGUGGCCACGCUGCUGGUCUUCAUCGUCAUCCUCAUGGUGCGCUAUAAGGUGUGCAAUCACCAGGGCCCUGGGAAGAUGAAUGCUGCGGCUGUCAGCAAUGUCUACUCCCAGACCAACGGGGCGCAGCCGCCACCGCCGCCGCCACCAUCUAACGCGGUACAAAACGGGGCGCCACCGCAAGUGCACCCCAAGGCGUCCAUGAGGAACGAGCACUUUGGAAGCGGCAGCGGGGCGUCUGGGGCAGGGGGGGCAGGGGGGGCUGGGGCCAGAGGUGGCGGUGGCGGCUUGGGGCGCAGCAGCGGCUCCUCUUCGUCCUCCAGCUCCUUGGGCAGCACGGACGGGGCGGGUGGCCGGGGCCCCUGGAGGCUCCCUCCGCCCGGCGCCCGCCCCAAGCCCAACCUCGACCGCCUCAUGGGGGCCUUCGCCUCGCUGGACCUCAAGUGCCAGAGGAAAGAGGAGCCUCUAGACUCCAGGACUCCGGCCGGGGCCGGGGCUAUGGGACGUCACUCGGACCGCGAGCCACUGCUGGGGCCACCGGCGGCACGGGCCCGGAGCCUCCUGCCGCUGCCUCUGGAGUGCAAGGCUCGCCGCAGCCACUCCUUCGACAUGGGAGACUUCGCUGCGGCGGGGACGGCAUCUGGGGCGUCUGGGGGGGCCGCGGCACAGGAAGGCUACAGCCCGCCGCGGAGAGUGACGAACAUCUGGACCAGGCGCAGCCUCUCGGUCAAUGGCAUGCUCCUGCAGUUCGAGGACAGUGACCUCGCGGGGCCCAGGGGCACUUAUGGCAGCUCCGAGUGGGUGAUGGAGAGCACGGUGUAG